CGAGUUCUGUACAUUAAUUUUUACAACUUCAAUUUAUAUACUAUGUAAAUUGUAGUUAUUAUUGUUAAAAUGUUAUCAUCUGUGAUUAAGCGAGUAUUUUUGCCAAACAGUAUUUGCAAUACAGUUAAUCGCCCUGAAAUUACUAAGUCAUGUACUAGAUAUUUUAGUAGUCUAUUUAUUUCACCUACAAGAGUUUUGAAAUUUGAACCAGUAUGUGUUCAACAAAUACGCUAUGAAAGUUUUUUUAAAAAACAUACGGCUGAACACAUAUGGAAAAGUGUAACAAGUGUUAGUAAUGCUGGUAAAAAACGUGGUCGUGGCAAAGGUGCUGGUAAAAAAAGAGCCAAAAAUCUUAAUAGAGGACAAGUUAUUGGUGUUGGUGUUGACAAUAUGAUAUGGCCUGGACUGAAUGCUCCUAUUAUUAAAGGGAGAGAUUUGAUUAAGAGGACUCAAUUACCACCUGAUCCUGAAAGAGAAUCUCGUCUUAUUAAGCUCAGAGAUUCAUUGGGUACAUUUAGAUCAAUAAGACUCUCUCCGACAGAACGUGGUUGGUCUGGAAACAAAAUGCCUGGACGUAGUAUAGGUCCACCACAUUCUAUAAAUGAAUAUAAUUUUGAUGGUUUUGAUUCUAAAGUAUUAGAAUUCAAAACUGUGUUUUGUAUGAAAGCUAAUGCUGGUCGUUACAGAAGAAUUAGUGUCGUUGCUGUGACUGGUAAUAAAAAUGGCUUAGCUGGUUUUGCUUUAGGAAAAGCAGCAGAUUCAAAAGCUGCUUUAAGACGUGCUCAAAAUAGAGCUGGUCAAAAGCUAAUGUACAUAGAACGAUAUAAUAAUCAUACUGUGUAUCAUGAUUUUUUUACUCAAUUUUGUAAUACUAAAAUAUUUGUGGAAAAAAGACCUGAAGGUUAUGGCCUUAAAUGUCAUCGUGCAAUACAAACAAUUUGUGAAAUGAUUGGUAUAACAGAUUUGUAUGCUAAAGUAGAAGGGUCUACCAAUAUUCAAAAUUUAGUUAAAGCAUUCUUUUUAGGGUUAUUAAAACAAAAAACUCAUCAACAAUUGGCUGACGAAACAAAAUAUCAUCUAGUAGAAUUUAGAAGAGAAAAUGAUUAUUUACCAGUAAUAGUGGCAUCUCCAACAGGUUCUGUUAAUGAAAAUCCAAAAGAAGCUCCAGAUUUUUUGCAAUAUGUUAUGGAUAAUAAAGUAAGGUUAAGAAAGAAGAAAUUUCCACCUUUUUAUACCAGAAAGACUCAUUGGUACAUAAAAGAGAAAAAGUUAGAAACUGUUAGAAAUAUAGACAAGGCAAAAUUAAAUUUAUUGGUCGAAUAUGGAGAAAUACGGAGUUUUUUGACAGAUAAAUAUCCAGAAUGUAGACCAAUGCAAAAGAAUUCAAUUAAAAAGGAAGUCGAUGAAACAGAUCAAUCAUAAAUUUAUAGAUGCUUUCACUCACCCGCUCUAAAACAAGCUGAUCGUCCUGUAUCGUCGGAACACUCUGAGGGAUUUCCGGGUAAAAGUUGUUUUCCUC